AUGAUUUCUCUCCUUUUGCACACGCUUAUUUUUGCCGUUGCCACGCUGGCACAAAAAACGCUGAUUACAGCUGAUGCUGCCGAACACUGUACAGGAAUGUAUAGCAAAAGAGAUUGGGGCGGACCCGGUGAAUCAUUUAUCAAGGUUGAUUUACAAAAGUUUGGAUACGCUGACCCUUCCACAGAUAAAGCAUCAGUUUCCUUGGUCGUUUUUGAAUACCAGGAUAUAGAUGGAUUGGGCGUUUAUGAUGAAAAUUUGGGUCGCAGGAGAUACAUCUGUACAAGUGGAAUGGUUUCUGACGGCCUUUGUAAAGAGAACCAACUCAAUCAAUUUAUUGUUGAUGAGAACUUCACUUCUUUUUCCCAAAUAAAGACGGUUAAGCUUACUGACCUCGGUACCAAUGAUUUCAGCUACAAAGUAGCUAACACAGGCUACUACUGUGUUGCUGCCUACGAGCCUGAUUUUACUGACAAAGAGAAUACAUUCAAAUUGUUGUUAAAUUUCCAUAAUGCUUUUGGAAGUUUACCUGCUUCCGAAAUCCCAUUACUUCCAUUGUAUGGACUUCUUGCGGUGAUCUAUGCAGUUUGUCUCUGUGUGUAUCUUUUUCAAGUUUUCAGGCAUCGUUCUGAAUUACUUCUUCUUCAGAAGUAUCUUGCAGGUUUUUUCAUUUUCUUGACUGCAGAAAAUAUAAUGACGUGGUCUUUGUACGAUCUUGAGAACAACACAAAACGUUAUCCUCUUUCUGGUGGAGUACAAUUCUAUAUCGUGGUGAUAUCGCUUUUAAAUGCGUUCAAAGUGUCAUUUUCCUUAUUCUUACUUUUGAUCAUAUCUCUUGGAUAUGGAAUAGUAUUCCCAAAACUUUCUCGCAAACAGAUGAACCUUUGCAAAAUACUCUCUUUGGCACACUUUGUGUUAUUGACGGCAUUCAUUUGCAUCAAUUACUACAGCAGCGAAUCACAACCAGGUGAAGCGACAACAGAUACCUCAUAUUCAGUCGACACAUACCAAUCUAAUUCUUGGCUUAUCUUGGCGAUUGGUGCACCGUUGGCUGUCUUAUUCAUUGCAUUCUAUUUCUUGAUCCUAAAUUCUAUGCAGAAAACAGUUAAAUAUUUAAGAGAGCAAAGACAGAUGGUGAAAUUAAAUAUGUACAAUAAGCUCUUCCGGUUGAUUUUUGUUUCCAUGCUUCUUUUGAUAUUUGCAUUGGUUAUUUCAACUAUCGUUCUAUUUAACGACAACGUUGCUGAAUCCAUAGAAAAGCUUUGGAAGUUCAAUGAGGUUCUUACAAAUUUCUGGCCUGCUUGUCUUUACUUUUUAAUUUUCAUCGGAAUUGUUAUUAUAUGGAGACCAACAGACUCGUCAUAUUUAUUAGCGGCAUCAAGUCAAAUUCCUUCUUCCGCCGUUGAAGGUGACGCCAAUAAUGAUGACAAUGCUAACAUUUUUAACAAUUCGGAUGAGGCUGGUAAUGACUUUGAAUUUGAUGAUCUCAGAAGUCUCGAGGAUGAUAAUGAAGACGUGACCGCCAAUCCUUUUGAUAAUGCGCAUUCAAAAGCACCGGAAUCCACUAGUGAAAAUCCUUUUAAGGAUCCAUCUGAUGUGGAUUAUGAUCUUGAAUUAGAACAACAAAAAAUGAAGGAACAGAAUGAACCAGCAACUGAUGACAAAUUUAAAUUGGAUGAUGAAGACGAAGAUGAUGGAAUGACUCAACAACCUGGACAGUACAACGAGUCUCUCAGGAAUAAAAAAGACUAA